GUAUUCUGCACCUAUACUUUUAAGACACACACAAUUUUUUUUUUUUUUUUUUAAAAAUGAAGAAGCGCAAUUUACUCAGAAACGGUCUUAAAAAUUUGACACUCAAAAAGGGAAAAGACUUGAAAAGUUCUAAAAACACACACAUUCACAUCUUUUGUCCGAAAGAUGCCCAUUUCUCUACUCUUUUUCAUACCCAAGUUCUAUUUUUUUUGAAAGAAAAAACACAGUGCCUGUUCUUUCCAAGCUUCUUAAGACCUAGUACUGUCUCCUAUAAGAAGGUGGAUUGAAAAGUGAAUUCUGGCUCUUUCGAUUAGAUGAGCAUGGAUAAAGCUUCUGCUGACUGUCCAUACCCGGGGUGCUUCUUCUGUGUCAUGAAGGAAGGAAAUCCAAGCAAGCGCCGAGCAAGUAUAUUGAAGUUUUUUAGAGAACUUCCCUCACAGGAUGAUGAUGGUCAAGUUCUUCCAAUCAGUGGCCUAUGGAACACUGCCAUGGCACAUCCUAAUGAUCCAGAGUUUAUUGAACUGGGGAUAUUUGAAUGCAUGUCAGCACUUAUUUGGAAGGGUUUAAAAAAUCGCCGCUGGCUUUCACAUGACCAAAAUAUAUAUAUUCCUUAUUAUGCGGCACAUAUAAUUGGAUCGUACACCAUGAAUAUGGAAGAGUUUGCUGAUAGAGCUGUGCGUGCUGGAAUAAUCCCUCCUUUAGUUGAACUUUUGAGAGGUAGGUUGACUUGGGUUGAACAGAGAGUUGCAGUGAGAGCCUUAGGACACUUAGCUACCUAUGCCAGCACCUUUCCAGCUGUUGCAAGUCAUGGUGAGAUUCUAGAGCUCUCUAUCCAACUCGCAAUGAGUUCUCUUGAAAUUGUUUACUCUCACUUUUACCAAUAUGUUGAUAGAAGACUUAGUUAUCACUGUGACCUUCUUACCCGCGGCAUGGGUGGAGUUGAAAUGGAGUCCCGAAAGGCAGAAGAAUGGGCCAGUCAGCUACAAUGUUGGUCCCUUCAGCUUAUUAAUUGCUUUGCUUUCAAACCUGAAUUUCUUCCUACUAUUUGCAAGUUGGAAUUUCUAACAAAGCUUCCAGGAAUGUGGGGAGGACUUGUUAAUGAAAGCUCCCCUGCUGGAACUGGUCUGUUAAGGACAAUUUGCCAUCACAAGCUCGGUAGAGGUCCUGUUGCUGCAUGUCCUGGUAUUAUAGAGGCGUUGUGCAAUAUAGCUCGCUCGUCGGAUGACUGGCAGUAUAUGGCAAUUGACUGUCUUUUGUGGUUGCUGCAGGAUCCAAGUACCUGUCAUAAGGUGAUCGAAAAGGCUGUACCUGCACUUGUGGAUCUUGCGGAGAUAUCAUCCCUUGGGGAUCAUAAGAAGCUUGGCGACUCUAUUGUCAAUGUUCUUCAGGAAUGUAUUGAAUCACAAGGAACAGGUCGUACUCAAAUCAAUAGCCAUGUGAAAGAAGAAGUUGAAGAACUACUGAAUUCCAAACAGAGACUAAAAUGGGAGAAAAAUAUGCCUAAAGAGGACCUUCAUAUCAAACAGGCAGCAGCACUGGUGGUAAAACUUGAAGGGAAUUCCCUGUUUUCAUCAGGAAAUAUUUCUGGGGCUGCAGCUAAAUACUCUGAAGCAUUGGCGUUAUGUCCAAUGAGGUCAAAGAAAGAGAGAGUGGUGCUCCACAGCAAUCGUGCUCAAUGUCAUCUUUUAUUGCAACAACCGUUGGCUGCUAUAGGUGAUGCUACUCGUGCACUGUGUCUUCAUCAUCCUGUGAACCGUCACGCCAAAAGCCUUUGGAGAAGAGCACAGGCAUAUGACAUGCUUGGUUUAGCCAAGGAGAGCUUAUUAGAUGCUAUUCUCUUUAUAAAUGAGUGUUCUCAAUCAAAUGAUCCCGAUCUGUCUUUAAGGCAAAACAAGGUUCCUGAUUAUGCUGAGCGUUUAGUAAAAAAGCAGAUGCGUGCAGCCUGGUUAUUUAGAGAGGCUACAAUUAAACAUGGUGGAGUUCAAUGUGAGGGUGAUGCUGGAGACAUGUGUGACCAGGAAACUGAUGAUUCUGAAUGGGAGACAGCAAGUGAAAGUGAAAUGGGAAAUGAGGAGAGAGAUGAAAUUGGUGACGACAUUUGUGGAUGGGAAAAUGAGGUUGAAAGGAAGGAUAAGUACAAAAAGGCUUCAAGCAAAGAGAUAAAGCAUGGAUAUAAUGUGCAGCUUACUGAAGACAACGUGUAAAUUUUCCCCCAGUAGUCCUGUUCUGGGAAAUUUAGCAUCUAUUAGCUUGAGAAUCUAAGUCUCUGUUGCUGUGUCUGCACAAAGGACAGAGGUGUUCGUUGUUGUUUUUGCCUGUCGCAUUGCUGAAUACCACCUACCCCCUCUCCCAGCCACCCUCUUCUUACAUAUAGUUUAAAUAGAGCUAGAGGAAAAGAAAAGGAUUGUUAGCGUGUGUAUUUAUCUUGUUUUCCUUUUUGGUUUCGGUUUGUUUCCAAGUCAAUUCUUUGAGAACUCGACAAAGUCGAAAGUGAUUUCUGUACAUGUACAUAAACACACUGGUGUUUUAUUUUGUUUGGGUAAUUCUGGAAAAAUACUGUUGCGAGUCAUCUUCAUUAAUGUGAUUGCAUCCAAAA